AUGGCAAUUUCUAACUUUCUAAACCCAAGCGACGAAGAAAGGGAUAUACAAGAUGGGACACCAAGUGAGGACGAGAUUCUACAAGAGGUUAUUGAUGAGCAUCUAGGUCUUCAGCAAACUCAAGAUGAUGAUGAAGAAGAGUUGCAAGAGCGCUCUUUACAUUCUGUGAAGAGCGCUCGUCAAGCACUCCAGGUUCUGAUUGAGUUUACUGAAGAACAAGAGGCUCUUCAAUCGGACUAUUUACGAGGCCUCGAGCGUUUAGAAUUCACUCUUGAGGCAUUAGAUCAAGAGUCACGGGUGCAGAGUACGUUAGAUAGUUGGAUUACAUAA